AGAGCAAUUGGCAUACUCGUUAUGGGACUUACCGGUGCUGGCAAAAGUACCUUUAUCUCACAAGUCACGCAGAAAAGUGCAGAUAUCGGGCAUUCGCUAGAAUCUUGUACAACUGAUGUCACCUUCCGAACAUUGCAACGAAAGAACGGCCAGGAAAUAUAUCUCAUCGACACACCAGGCUUCGAUGAUACCAAAUUGGAAUAUGCGGCAGUCUUCCGAAAGAUUGCUUCAUGGAUUUGUACCUACUGCGAUGGGAAUAGGCGCGGCCUUCGUAUAGGUGGAAUGAUCUAUGUUCAACGGAUAACCGACAUGCGAAUGUCAGGGUCUUCUCUCAAAAGCCUCCGAAUAUUCGAAAAGAUUUGCGGCGAGCGAAAUUUUCGGGAUGUUGUGGUCGUAACGACUAUGUGGGGGUCCUUGAAGACGAAUGAAGCACGAGAUGCCGCAGUGAUGCGCAUGAAGAUGAUGGAGGAAAGACCAGAGUUUUUUGGCAACUUGAUAAGAGGUGGAGCUAGGAUGGAGAAAAGCCAGGGUGAUGGUCAGAGCGGUGUUCGUAUCGUCGAACUUCUGGCAGAUAGGCGAAAAACGGUGGUGUUACAGUUACAACACGAAAUGAGAGGCGGCAUGAAACUGGAAGGAACGACAGCGGGCAGGUACCUGGAAGGUGAGCUUGUGCAUACACGUGAAAGAUACGAGGCGCAGAAACGAGAGCUAGAAGAGUGCGCUGAGGAAGUUCAUGAUGAUGAUGAUCUCAGAAGCGAGUUCCUCGAGCAAAUCGAAGACUGCACUCGCCUUGUGAACAACAUCGUGGACGAUCAAGGGAGUCUCUCCGUCACACUCGAAGAUAUGUGGAACGAGCAAGCGGUGAGCUGUGGAGCGGGUCGCGACGACCAGGCCGAGGACACUACGCAAGAAAACACUUCCGCCCACAUCGUUAAACUUGAGCACAAGAUUCAAGGGCUUGAGAGAAAAAUUGAAGCGCAGCGCGAUGAUCUCGACGCACAACGUGAAGAAAUCGAGAGGAUUGAGGCGGCUAGUAAGGAGAUCGCAGAAGCUAAGGAACGCGACCAAGUCGCGCGUACUAAAGUGAAAGAGAGGCGAGCGCCUCAUAAUGAGGCUAUUCUGUGGAUGCAAAACUUCUUUGCUGGGAGACGCCCCGAAAACUUUGUACAGCCGCCACGUCGAGCUGACUCCAUGCCGUUGGAAACGAAGGCGUCUAGAAAGUCUAGCAUAACGUCCUGGCAAAAGCGAAGCCGAUCGAAGAGCCGCCAGAGUCGCAAGCCCGACAAUAUGCGCACAUAUUCAGAAGAGCAAACAAAGCAGUCUUAUAUCGCUUCGCACUAUCAUCAAGGUCAAUACACACACGAGCCUGGGUAUCCUGGUGUAUCGGGAAGUGACUACGAGAGCGGGAUGAACAAUUCAACACCUCAGAUGUAUAUGCCACACCAGGCUCAUUCAUACACUCCUGUGGCUCUGCCUGCACCCAAUGGGCAAUACCAAGUACCGCCUCAUGGAGUAUCUAUCGAUCCCUCUAGGACAAUGCGCAAUCCGCCUCCGCCCUCGCAACCUCCUUUACGCAGAAUCCCACCUUCUGUUGCUCCGCCACACCACCAGGUUGUUGUCAGAUCUCCUUCUUAUCCCAGUAACGCGCCUGGAGAAACCCAUUAUCGUGGACCUGACGACAUCAUAAUCGCUGUGAUGGGUAUAACUGGCUGCGGCAAAACCACCUUCGUUAAUCUGUUCUCUGAUCGAAAGCUCGAGGUUGGACAUGGACUGGACUCAUGUACCGUAUCAGUGCAAGUCGUGCCCUGCACAUUCGAAGGUGGCGCAAAAAUAUAUCUUGUCGAUACUCCAGGUUUCGAUGACACAUAUCGCACCGACUCUGAAAUCCUGCGAGAAGUCGCGCUUUGGCUGAACAAGGCACACUCUGAGAAAUUGCGACUAGCAGGAAUAAUCUUCCUACAACGGAUAUCAGAUGUACGAGUAGGCGGUAGCGGAAUCAAGAACAUCAGAAUGUUCCAAAAGUUAUGCGGUGAUGGCCCGCUUGCGAGUGUGGUAUUAGCGACCACAAUGUGGGAUAUGGCUACGAAAGACGCUGCAAUUCAACGAGAAAAGGAGUUGAAAGAACAACCACAACUUUGGAAAAAGAUGAUAGAUCAUGGCAGUGUCGUUUUCCGUCACGACAAAAAAGAAGCGUCAGCGCUCAAGAUCAUUAAAUAUCUGAUGAAGAAGAAGAGACCCGUCACGCUCGACAUCCAGCGCGAGAUGGUCGAUGAGAAGCGCGAACUGAUCGAUACGGGCGCUGGCGAAGCGCUAGCAUCAAACAUGGAAGCGCUCAUUAAGCUAUAUGAAGGGAAAUUGAGGAAUCUAGAACAGGAAUUCAGAGAGGCCCGCAAGGAGGACCGAGAAAUGUUGGAAGAGCAAAAAAGAGAACAUGAGGAAAGUCUUGCAAAGCAGCGAAGAGAGAUGGAGAAGCUACAUGUCAACAGGUUGCAGCUUAUAGAAGAAGAGAAGAAGCGAUUUGAAGAGAGCCAGAGGGAAGCUAAAGAAGAGAUGCAACGUGCUAAAGAGAAUUUUGCGGCAGAACUUGGAAAGCAGAAGAAGCACAUAAGAGAGCAGUACAUUCGGGAAAUGCAACGCUGUAAUGUAAUGUAG